AUGGAGGAGUUCCAGCGAUGUCUUCGUGAUGCCGAUGUGUGGGACAUUAGACCUAGGAGUGGUUGGUUUUCUUGGGCUAGUGGUACCUGCGCUAAGACGUUUGUGUGCGGGAGAAUCGAUAGAUUUGUUGCGAAGAUUGAAUGGAGGCUUCUGUUCCAGGAGUGUUAUGUGGAUACGGUUUCGAUGGCGUCGUCCGAUCAUUCUGCGAUCUUGUUGAGCUUGGAGGGUGCUAUUACGAACAAUCAAUGCCGGGAUAUUGUGCAUCGGGUUUGGGAGAACAAUGAAGACUCUUUCUCAGUCAAAGUGGGGAAGAUAAUGUCUACGCUAGGAGACUGGCUUGAUUAUGGCCCGAUCACGGAUGAGUUUUAUGAACUUCGGAGGAAAGCUCUGGUGGAUCUUAAGGACGUUAUGGAUAAAGAUGAGAUAUUUUGGCUUCAAAGAUCCCGAGUGGCGUGGCUUAAGGAUGGUGAUCGUAAUUCUUCCUUUUUUCAUGCAAGAGCCAAUGGGAGUCGCAAAAAGAAUUGGAUCGGGAGGUUGGAAAGUGAGGGAGGGGUUUGGUGUGAUAGGUUGGAGGACAUUUUUGGUGUUGCUACGAGCUACUUUUCCUCUCUCUUUCGUUCUUCCGAAGCGACUCCUGACGAGGAGAUCUUUCAAGCCAUUGAUCCUUGUGUCUCGCCAUGUGAUAACGAGAUGCUUUGCCGAGACUUUGCUGUCAAGGAGAUCACCAUUGCUUUUUCCCAAGUUAAUCCCUCGAAAGCUCCUGGGUUUGAUGGCCUUCCAGGUUAA